AUGUCAAAGAUAAAGAAAUUAAAACGUAAUACUAUUGUAUAUUUUCUUGCUGAUUACAUUGAUGAUGAUGGAGAGCCUGCAAAAGGAAGAAGGCAUUUGGUAGUAGAAAAAAGUUUCCAGAAAAAUGAAAAGAAUUUUAUCCUCAGUUCAACGAUAAAGAAAAAUAACACUCCAAAAUCCCUUAUAUGCUUCAAGCAAUUGGCUAAACAUGAUGAAAAAACUGAAAAACUACUUCAAGAAUUAUCGCUUCCCAAAAGAAAAAUCAUGGUAAAUAGUAGUGAAAAAACUAUCGAAAAACUUAGAAUACUUAAUAAUCACUUACUAAAAAUCAUUAGUGAUUGUAUUCAUUGUGAUAAUAGGUUAAAAACUGUAAAAGAGGGAGAUGAAAUAGAAUUUGUUCCUGGAAUAAGAGUUGAUUGUUGUUCUCUGUCAGGAUUAUUAAGAAAUAGUAUAAAAAUAGCCACCGAAGAUAUGAUUCGAGGGGAAACUAGAAAAGAUAUUGGUGAAAAUCAAAAGAUUUAUAACUUAGUUCGGGUUCAUACCAUGAGCGAUUUAUCUUGA